ACCUAAUUGUACAGUUCACGAUGCUCUCAAGAAUGUGGUGAAGUGGUUUUCAGUUUCUCUGAUUUUUUGUGAGUGUUUACGACCAGUUGAUCCACAUACAUGACCUAAGGUUUAACAACACAAGAGCACAAUUUACUCACAAUGCAGGUCGUCGCAUUCGUUUUUGUCAUCAUGUGCGCCAUUCCAUAUGGGUCUUCUCAAGGCCACAGGGGUGGUUUCCCCCCAAGAGGACCUCCAAGACCACCUCCAUACCCCGGAUUCGUCAAGAAAUGGCAGCAAUUGCAAAAAAUGCACCUCAGAGGACCCCCACCCCAAAUGAGACCGCAUUCAAUACCAAUGCACUCACUCUCUCAAAAACCGAAGAAACCGUAUCCCCCCACAAACUUGCACAGAUACUUCCAAUCAACCCCUCCUGUCAGGCCCUUCUGGAACUCACCACCGUCCACAACUUACAGGCCACCAACAGAACAACCAAAAUACGUCCAACCGACUGAGAAAUACACGUACGUGUUACCAAACCAAAAACAACCACUGUCCAAACAGAAAGAAUAUGAUUUCCACAUCCAAACCAACCAAAUACCAUCAGGUAUCUCAAGUACGCUUCUGAAUCCGAUUCAACAAGUUGGUGAGAAGGGUCCAAUUCAUACCAUUCCUGCACCGAACCUAAGUCCGGCAGAUAGGCCGGCCAACAUUGAACAUGUAAGACCAAAACCGCAGCAGCAAUACGUGUUCGAACCAGAACAGCAAUUCCAACAUGAGUACCACGUGACUGAGGCGAGUGAAUCGGUUAAGUACUUCAGAAACCAGCAGCAAGCCCAGCAAAACGUACAGUACUAUUCUCACAAUAUCCCUGCACCUGCUCCAACGGCACAGCCUCCUAAACAAAAUAAUAACCAGAACCAAGUGCAAUAUGAAUCGCAAAACGGACACAAUAUUCAUUUCGAAUCACAAAACGGUGCUGUCGAAAACCAAGAAAACCCCAGUGAAUACUACCAAGUUGUGCAGAAUGCUCAGCAAGGGAACUCCGAUGAUGACGAAAUCCCCCACCACAAAUUCUUGCAGAACAUACCAAACCUUGAGUUGCUAAUGUCAGAAGAUAAUCAGAAAUCGAAAGAGCAAGCCACCCAACACGGUCAUCAAGGUCAUCAGCAUCAUCAGCUCUUGAUUUCGGAGGUCACUCAUCAACAGCAACCCCAACAGCAAGGAAAAUACAAUAUCCAUCCUUUAUUUGCUGCUGACCAGAGAUUUGUAGAAGAAUUCCAACGUCUCCAAAAUCAAGAAAAACCAACUAACAUCAAUCUGAAUCCCGAUUUUCAAUCAUUCAAUUAUAAUGAACAAGAUUAUCAAAAACAGCUCUCCAAAUCUUCAUUAGUAUCGGCAGGUUACAAUCUAGAUUACGAGCCUGAAGCUUCGGAAAUUGUCCGUCAAACCAUAUCUAGAUCAACUGUUGAUUCUCAAGAAGCGAAAGACAACUUCAACGCAAAUGAUGACAAUUUGGCUUCCAAUGACGUCGAACCAAACGUUAGUUCGAAUGCAGAAACUGCGCCAGCAGGAGAUGCUGAGGAAGCUGGAGAAUUCUACUCGUCCCUUCCUAACAAAGAAGUAGCAGAUGCUUUGGCCUCUCUUCAAGCUGCUGGAAAAAUUAACAGCAAUUUAAUGAAAUUAUCUAAUAGAGGAGGCAAUAGGGAGAAACCAGUAGAAAUUUACGUCACUGAAGUAACAGAUGAUUCUAAACCUGAAGAUGUAUACAUUCUCCAAGACUAUGAACAAUUAGGGAAUGAUGAAGAAGAAGGCACUGAGGCUUUGAAUGCUGCAUUUGGGGCUAAAAUAAAACCAAAGAGAAACUGAACUCACAUGACUGAAGACAAAUUGUGUCAAUUUUUCCAUUGAAUAAAUCUACUGAAGCUCAAAGAUAUUGGAAAGUGUUGUACUUGUAUAGUUGGGGGAAUAUUUAUUAUGUAAUUAAUAAGGUUGGAGGUGAUAACUGAUAAUAUUUUAUAAUUUAUCAUAUGAAACUUCAUGUUAUUGCGGAUUUAUUUAUUUAUUGAAAUAAAGUUAUUUGUUUUAA